CACGCGGGCUCCGGCGCGCUCGCGGCUAGGAGGACUUUUCUCGCUGUCGGGCUCCGAAGGCUUUCAGGUCGCCGUACCGGCUGCGAGGAGGUGGGGCGCCGUCGCGGGGACAAACCCUGAAGGAGGCGAUGUUUGAGUAACUCCAAGGAGAAGGGACUGUGAGAAUGUCAGCCCUGAACUGGAAGCCCUUUGUGUAUGGAGGGUUGGCCUCCAUCACAGCCGAAUGUGGCACAUUUCCAAUUGAUUUAACUAAGACGCGGCUCCAGAUUCAAGGCCAGACAAACGAUGCCAACUUUCAAGAAAUUAGGUAUCGAGGGAUGUUGCACGCAUUGAUAAGGAUAGGCAGAGAAGAAGGGUUAAUGGCGCUGUAUUCUGGGAUUGCCCCUGCGAUGCUGCGCCAGGCUUCCUAUGGCACCAUCAAGAUCGGCACUUACCAGAGUUUGAAGCAAUUGUUUGUGGAACGCCCGGAAGACGAAACCCUGCUGAUCAAUGUCAUAUGUGGAAUUCUAUCUGGAGUCAUAUCCUCAGCUAUUGCUAAUCCAACCGAUGUUUUGAAAAUCCGAAUGCAGGCGCAGAGCAGCACUGUUCGAGGAGGAAUGAUAGGCAACUUCAUUAACAUUUACCAGCAGGAAGGGACAAGAGGACUGUGGAAGGGUGUGUCCCUUACAGCUCAGAGGGCUGCUAUUGUUGUCGGUGUGGAGCUUCCAGUCUAUGACAUCACCAAGAAGCAUCUGAUACUCUCAGGCCUGAUUGGAGACACUGUCUAUACCCACUUCCUCUCAAGCUUCACUUGUGGUCUGGCGGGGGCCCUGGCCUCAAACCCUGUUGAUGUUGUGAGAACUCGUAUGAUGAAUCAGACAACUCUUCGAGAUGGCAGAUCCUUUGGCUACAAGGGUACCCUAGAUUGCCUGUUACAGACAUGGAAGAAUGAAGGUUUUUUUGCUCUAUAUAAAGGUUUUUGGCCAAAUUGGUUACGGCUCGGUCCUUGGAAUAUCAUUUUCUUUUUGACAUAUGAGCAACUGAAGAAACUGGACUUGUGACCAUCUGGGCUACAGAUGAAUAUCCUGAAAAGCCAGCUUCUGCAAUAGAAAUUCCUGUACUUCUGCUGCUUAACACCUCACAGCUCAUCACAGCUUCUGGGAUGGGUGAAGAUAACUCAUUCAGAUGACCUAUGUUGCCAUUGGACACAUUCUAUAAGUGUUAAGAGCCUAAACUAUAGCACCCAACACUCACUGUCCUUACAUUGAAGUGCCCUUUGACAUCCCAGGUAAUGUACAAAAUACACAUUUCUUGCUGAAGACUUGCAAGAAAUUCAGAAACUGUAUGCUGUUUUCUUCAGGGUGAAUAACCCUGCUGCCUCUUGACAUCCAGCUGUGAAUAUCAGACUGCUAAAAAGCUCAUGGAGGAUGGAGCCUCCAGGAGGUUGGUAUUGUUCCGGAAUUGUUUUGAGCUUUGGCUUCUAGUCAGUAAAAGGAAUUUUGUGUGUGGAAACCCUAGAUCUGGUCAGUGCAGGAAGUAGAUUUUUGGAAUAUUGUAUAAUUUACUAUUUUGGCAGAGUCUUUCACUUAUAGUAAGUGACAUUAAGCCUUAGAAGCCUUGACCUUUGUGGGGGGAUUUCUACACUGCAUUAAUAACCUAAGUUCACAGCCUUGUGCCACCUUCACAUGAAAGUUUCAGGGUCUGUGUUGGUGAGAGGUGUUUUCAAGCCUCUUGACAUCUGUUUCAGGUAGCAGUCAUUUGUCCAAUGAUUUUUAGUAAAGUUUGUUAUUUCCAGAUUAGUAAAACGGGGAUUGUCCAUACUGAAAUAGCAGUUGAGUGAAGGGAAAAAGCAGGUGUGGCCAUGUGAAGAAUAAGUAUGUUUACACAGUAUUUGCAGGUAUAAUCCCUUGGUUGUAUUACCAAGGGCUUCUCCUAUAAUGAGGACGGAAGCCCUUGGUCAAAGGCCUUGUAGAAGAAAGAACACUGCAAGUGAAGGCGUUAAUGUUUCUGUAGCACAGUGUUGCUCAUGUAUUGAAGAGUUGAUGUUUCCAGAUUCUUUUACUUUAGUUCAAGUUGAAUUGUUAGAAUCUUUCCUAUCUGAGACUUCCUAGUUAGUAUCUAUAAAAAUUUAAAAAUUCUUCCUCCCUCCUUCCUUUCUUCCCUUUCUCCUUUCCUUUCUCUCUCUCUUUCUCUCUCUCUCGCUUUUUUUUUUUCUUUGCAAUCUUGGGGUAACUGCUCUACACUGAGCCUCUUCCUAACCCCACCCAUGUCUGUAGUAUAUGUCUGUCUAGUUUCUGAGAAAAGGUGUGUAAUAUCCCUCCAUUUUUUGUUUCUUGAUACUGUGAUAAAUCCUCUUGUAGUUUUAAGAAAAGAUGUCUCUAAGAGCCUAGAAUAUUUUAUUUCUAGAGGGUAGCUCAGUCCCUUCAAGUGAGCCCUUUGAGAGCCUAUUACAUACUAACUGGGGCUCCAAGCAGGCCAUAGUGCUUGGCACAUUCCCAGUCUGGCCAGUCCCUAAGGCUCCUUCCUUCAUGAGAUGGAAGGUGUGCAGGUUUUCCUUGGGGGUCGGGUGCUUUUUUCCCUAUACAUUUUCACCUUGCCUUUACUAGUAUUUUCUUUGCCAGGGUUUUGCGAAGCAGGGUUUUAUUUCUAAAAGUAAAAGCUAAGAAGCAUUAAACAGAGAAGUGUACUGGUGACUUAAAGACUAAGACCAAAGUCCACAUCACCCUAGACCCAGUAGAGGAUGCUUGAGCUGCAGGCCUGGCUCCUAGCACUACAGGUUAGAGAUGUUUUUCUUCUUAUCAGAACAUUCCAUUGAAGUGAUAGACUAUAGAGAGGCUUUCACUUCUGAGGUAAAAGGAUUGCCUUUUGUAACCCCAGCUGGCCUGGAACUUGCUAUGUAGACCAGGCUGGCCUUAAACUCAGAGAGUUGCCUCUGCCUCCCGAAUGCUGGGAUUAAAGGCUUGCGCUACCACGCCACUCACUGAACCAUUCUGAAGAUCAUAUAAAGAAUGACUGUCAGUAUUACCAGUUCAUUCAAACUAUGUACUUGUCUGUAUCUGGAGGGAAAGAAACUCCGUUUCACCGUGCAAUUUCAGCACAUUUUAAGACAGAAAUGCAGUAUUUUGGGACUAGUAUGGUAUCAGUUUAUUAAGUGCCUUGUCAAGUAGGGUCUUAACCUGCCUUUUUUGUAAAAACUUGAGUUAAUGCAAUUGUUAAAGUUUCUAACUCAGAAACAACUUAAAGCUCUUGGAGACACGGGUUUGACUACAGCACCUCACCUUUUGGAUAUUGCUUAAGUAUGGUAAAGACAAUAGUUUUUGUAACUAAGUUGAAGAGAAUUUUGUUUGUUUGCUAUUUGUUAUUGAUGUUCAGUGUUGCUGAUCUGUGAUAUAAAAAGUGGCUCCUGUUCUCCAUAUUUAUUCAUAUGCUAUAAAGAGUGUGCAUUAUAUAUAGAGUAUGUUUUCCAAAAGCUUUUAUAUUUCACACUGUUUAAACAUUAUUGAAAUAUGUGGCAUAAACCUUGUUUCAUUUAUUUAAUAAAUUAGA